AUGAACCAUAUGGCUUUGUUUUCUUCAUUCUCUACCAAUUACAAGCCUUCAAAUCAACAGUCUUGUGCCUCAUUCUCGCUACGACCAGCGCCAUGGGACUCAGCAAAGAUUUUGGUUCACCCUUCAGACUACCCAACAGAGGCACCGCCUAUGUACUCGAUUACAUCCAAAUAUAGUGCUCCCAACGUGGUAUUAUUUCGAGGCUGGGGUGAGGGUCCCUGGGACAUCAUCGGCGAUGCACGACUUCAAAGCCUGUCUUCCAAAAUAUGCCUGGCAUUUUACGGCCAGCCAAUAAAGAUGCGUUUAAACGAAUUGUCAGGCAACUUCACUCUCGAGUCACCUGCCACAGGUCAAUUGAAGUGGAAACUCGAUAUGUUGACGGGGAGGAACAUGGAGUUGCAGGAUGCUACUGGUAAAAAGCUGGCCAAGUUACGACCAGGAAAAUCAGGCGAGAAGGUCUUCGAGAUUCUCGUCUCUCAUGACAGUCGAUUCUUUGAGUUGGUGCUGUUAUCCGGGUGGACUGCCAGAACUAUGAACAAGUCGGUGACGGAGGCAACGGGCGAGAUUCUGAGCUCUAUUAUAGGGGCUUAA